GAUAAAGUGGAAUCUUUAAUUCUCCUUUGCCUAUCCAGAGUUCAAAUUCCGAAUUGGCCGUGGACGGCGGAGAAGGUGAUAGAGGAAAAAGAGGGCAAUUCUCAAUAAGGCAUUAAGAAUGGGUACCUCUGUCCUCUCCCAUGUCAUUAGCGUCUCCAUCGCUUCACCUUUUUUUCUCAGGUCAAUGUCAAGUGGUCGACUGCAGAGGAGCUACUUGAAAAGAUGGGGACGAAUGCAUCACUAUUGUCUUCCAAGUGGAUACAUUGAUACUUCUCGACGCUACUGUAGUGUUUCGGUCUCCCAAUCCGAUGCUUCGGAGACAGCUUCGACCUCUGUGAAGAAAAGAGUUGUAUCUGGAGUUCAACCUACAGGAUCUAUACACCUUGGCAAUUAUCUUGGUGCCAUUAAAAAUUGGAUUUCACUUCAGAACACAUAUGAGACAUUCUUCUUCAUUGUGGACUUACAUGCGAUAACUCUAGAACAUGAUGUAAAACAGCUAGCUACAUCAACAAAAAGUACGGCAGCCAUUUACAUGGCUUGUGGUGUUGACACGACCAAGGCUUCUGUCUUUGUGCAGUCUCAUGUCCGUGCUCAUGCGGAACUGAUGUGGCUACUGAGUUCUGUCACACCAAUUGGUUGGCUGAACAGAAUGAUUCAAUUUAAAGAGAAAUCACGCAAGGCGGGAGACGAACAAGUUGGGGUUGCACUUCUGACUUAUCCUGUUUUGAUGGCUUCUGAUAUUCUCUUAUAUCAGUCUGAUUUGGUUCCAGUUGGUGAGGAUCAGAAACAACAUCUAGAGUUAACCCGUGAGCUGGCUGAGCGAGUUAACUAUAUCUAUGGAAGGAAGUGGAAGAAAAUGGGAGGACGAAGUUCUGCAAUUUUUAAGGUUCCUGAAUCUCUUAUCCCACCAGCAGGUGCCCGGGUAAUGUCUCUCACUGACGGUCUUUCUAAGAUGUCCAAGUCUGAUCCUUCUGAUCAGUCCCGAAUCAAUCUUCUUGACCCAAAAGAUGUAAUAGCAAACAAGAUAAAGCGUUGCAAAACUGAUUCUUUUUCUGGCUUGGAAUUUGACAAUCCUGACAGACCUGAAUGCCACAACCUUCUUUCUAUUUACCAACUCAUUACGGGAAGGACAAAAGAGGAAGUUUCACGAGAAUGCCAAGAUAUGAAUUGGGGCACAUUCAAAACCCUUCUAACAGAUUCUUUGGUUGAUCAUCUACAUCCCAUACAGGUUCGCUACGAGGAAAUCAUGUCUGAUUCUGCUUAUCUGGAUAGUGUUUUGGCAGAGGGAGCCACAAAAGCGGCUGUUGUAGCAGAUGCUACUCUCAAUAAUGUCUAUCAAGCAAUGGGAUUCUCACGGAGAUGAACAGAACCGAUGCUGCUCUGUGAAAGGUCAGUUAGAAAGCAAACUUAAAAAGUUAGCUUUUGGAUGGAUCCUAUGGAUACCCACAAGGCUCCCCAAAACACAUUAUUGCUAA